UGGACCAGAACCUCGCUUUUCAAUUUUUUAGGGCUCAAGAAAACAGUGUCUGAGUCUGAGAGACUGAGACUAAAACCCUUUCUUUCUUUCUCUUCGCUCCGAGCUCGAUAGCCAUGGCGAACGAAGACUUGGCCAGUUGGUCAGAUCUUCUCCAUUCUUCCACGAAGCUUCUCGAACAAGCCGCACCUUCUGCUCAGUUCCCUCCUCUCCAGAGGAACUUAGAUCAACUGGAAGCAUUGUCUAAGAAGCUUAAAUCCAAAACUGUGAGGGCUGAGGCGCCUUCUCAAUCUAUCGCUGCAACCAGACUGCUUGCUCGUGAGGGUAUAAAUGCUGAGCAGCUUGCAAGGGAUCUGAAGUCAUUUGAAUUGAAGACAACUUUUGAGGAUGUUUUUCCUGUUGAGGCAACAAGCGUUGAGGAGUAUUUGCAGCAGGUUCAUGAAAUGGCAAUGGUCUCUGCUGUCCAGGAAGCUCAGAAGGAUAAUCUCAGGAGUUUCAAUGAUUAUAUGAUGAAAGUUUUGGAGGAAGAUUGGCAUAAAGAAAAGCGUGACUUCCUUCAGAGUCUUAACCGAAUUUCAACAUUACCUCGGACAAACAUGGUAACUAACAGCAAUGGGGGUACCCGCCAAGGCCAGAUUGUGUCCGUGGCUUCCAAUGUACCUAGCAUGGAGGUUGUUCCUUUUACUACCAGACCUAUUGCGGAGAAAAAGGCAUCUGUCUAUGCUGAAGUUGUGAAAAACCUGAAUAGAGCAAGGCAGUCUGGGCUACCAUUUAAACCUGCUGCAGCUUUCAAGGGUGCAUAUGAAAGUUUAAACAUUGAUGCUAGUGGUGGAAAAUCAGUAACAAUGCGAAAGAUAUGGCACCUUGUUCAGAUGCUGAUGGAUACGGACUCACCAUUGCAACAUGUUUCAAAAAAGAUGUCAUUGAUUAUUGGGGCAAGACGCCACCUUGAAUGGGGACAUGAGAAAUACAUCAUGGAUACUAUACAAAGUCAUCCCGCCCAAGCUGCUCUUGGCGGUGGUGUAGGAAAUUUGCAAAGAAUCCGUGCCUUCCUUCGGAUUCGGUUGAGAGAUUAUGGGGCACUGGAUUUCGAUGCUGGUGAUGCUCGGCGGCAGCCUCCUGUUGAUACUACAUGGCAGCAGAUAUAUUUUUGCCUGAGGUCUGGUUAUUAUGAUGAAGCAAGAAAUGUUGCCCUAUCUUCUCGUGCUUCACAUCAAUUUGCUCCUCUGCUCACGGAGUGGAUCAAUACUGGAGGAAUGGUAGCAGAAGAGAUUGCAGUUGCUGCAUCUGAAGAAUGUGAAAGAAUGUUGAGAACUGGUGAUCGGGUAGGCCGAGCUGGAUAUGACAAGAAAAAGUUACUGCUGUUUGCCAUUAUAUCAGGUUCUCGAAGGCAUAUCGAUCGCCUGCUUAGAGAUCAACCAACUCUCUUUAGUACAAUAGAGGAUUUCUUGUGGUUCAAAUUGUCAGCUGUGCGGGAUUGCCCUGGGGGAUCUUCGUCUAUUGUUCUAAGUGAUGGUCUGAUACCAUACAGUUUGGAUGAUUUGCAAAUUUACCUGAAUAAAUUUGAACCAUCAUACUACACAAAAAAUGGAAAAGAUCCCCUUGUAUAUCCCUAUAUCUUGCUUUUAAGCAUUCAAUUGCUUCCAGCUGUAUUACACUUGUCUAAGGAAACGGGAGAUGAAGGAUAUAACAUUGAUGCUGCCCACCUAUCAAUUGUGCUAGCUGAUCACGGUGUCCUUUCUGAAGGUGCUGGUGCUGGGCAAAAGUUGGGAGUGAUGGAUGCUUAUGCGGAAGUGUCCACCAUUAUCAGGCAAUAUGGAUCUAUGUAUUUGCGUCUUGGUGAUCUCCAAAUGGCACUAGAAUAUUAUGCACAAGCUGCUGCUGCAGUUGGAGGUGGCCAGUUGUCAUGGACUGGUAGAGGUAAUGUUGAUCAACAAAGGCAGAGAAAUUUGAUGCUGAAACAGCUUCUAACAGAGUUACUGUUAAGGGAUGGAGGCAUAUAUCUUUUACUUGGUGCAAGAGGUGCUGGAGAAGAAGGGGAAUUGGGACGUUUUGUUACUGAUUUCAAAGCAAGAAAACAAUUUUUAUAUGAAGCUGCAUGCCAAUGUCAGGAGGCUGGGAUGUAUGACAAAUCUAUAGAAAUUCAGAAGAGAGUGGGUUCCUUCUCAAUGGCGCUGGAUACUAUCAAUAAGUGCCUCUCUGAAGCCAUUUGUGCCCUUUUCCGUGGAAGAUUAGACGGUGAGAGCCAGACUGCUGGCCUCAUCCAUUCUGGCAAUGAGAUUUUGGAAGCAUAUCCUUACUAUCCAGAUGUCAGUCCUCAAGAGAGAAUAGAUGUUUUUGAGCAGCAAGCUGUGUUAAGAGAACUCGAGUCAAUAUUAUCAAUUCACAAAUUGUCUAGACUGGGGCAUCAUGUUGAUGCAUUAAGGGAGGUUGCAAAACUUCCAUUUCUCCCUCUAGAUCCCCGGGGCCCUGAUGUUGCCAUUGAUGUGUUUGAGAAUUUAUCUCCUCAUGUCCAAGCUUGUAUUCCGGAUCUUUUGAAGGUUGCUCUCACUUGUCUGGACUAUGUAACGGACUCUGAUGGAUCACUUCGCGCCUUAAGGGCAAAGAUUGCGAGUUUUAUUGCAAAUAACCUUAAGAGGAAUUGGCCUCGUGAUUUGUAUGAGAGAGUUGCGCAGAGGUUGUAAAAGUGAAAGUACGACGGCUAGUGUUGCUGCCUUUGAAUUAAUGAAGGCAACAGAAUGUUUAGAUGAAGGUUUUCAGUGUAAAACUUGUAGAGUACUCAUUGAUCCUUUUGCAGAAGGAAUUCCCUGGUUAUGAAUUUUGUUAUUACCUUUUCUUCUGUUUUUGCUAAUCGCUUGUAAACUGAACAUGUAGCCUUGUAAUAGUUUACCUUAUAAAAAAUAUUUAAAAAUCAUAAUAAUGAUCCAAGAAUGAUCAGAAACA